AGGGAAGCAAACUCCAAUUUCCCUUUUGUUGCAAACCCUGGGAGAUAGGAGGAAGGCAGACACCACAUAACUCAUGGGGGGUGUUUCUUCCUGUCUCUGCUGUGUGAGCGUCCUCAGUGUGGGCCUGGAGUGUGGCGAGUCUUGCUGUCCAGAGAUUCUUUGAGACGCUGCAAGCAUGCUGAGUCCCAAGAGGUUGGCAUGGGCACUGCUGAUGUGCCUGAAUGCAGCCUGGCUGGUUGGUGCUGACACUUGCCGGGGGCCCCAGCUCAUCCCAGGAACUCCAGGCAUGCCAGGCGCCCCAGGCCCUGAUGGCAGCGAUGGAGUGCCAGGGAGUAAGGGUGAACGAGGUCCUCCUGGGGGAGUUGAAGCAAACAGGGAUUCUGGGGAACCAGGGGAACCAGGAGAGCCUGGUUACCCUGGCAAAGUUGGGCCCAGAGGACCAGCAGGGUUCAAAGGCCCCCCAGGAUCUCCUGGCCCACAAGGAGCCAAAGGAGAAUCUGGUGACUACAAGACCUCACUCAAAUCCGCCUUCUCGGCCUCCCGGGGAAUCUCCAUGCUGCCACGGCGUGCACAGCCCAUCCGCUUCGACCGCGUCCACACCAACGUCAAUGGCCACUACGAGAGCCGCUAUGGGCGUUUUGUCUCCAACAUCACCGGGAUUUACUACUUCACCUACCAUGUAACCUCCCGGGGCAACCUGUGUGUCCAGAUCAAGAAAGGGCAAGGCAGCCGGGGCGAGAGGGUCGUAGCCUUCUGUGACUACGUCUACAAUGCCUUCCAGGUCACAACGGGUGGUGUGGUUCUCCGUGUGCAAAGGGGCGAGUCGGUCUGGUUAGAGCCUACAGAGAAGAACUCGCUCAUCGGGGCGGAAGGGGCAGACAGCAUCUUCUCCGGGUUCUUACUCUUCCCCAUUUAGCUAGAGGAACCCGGGAACCUGCUUUUCCUGCUUGCUCUCUCCACCAGACUCCACCCUCUGCUGCAGGUCUGGUCUUCAGAAACUGCCGGCCAGGGAUGGAGCACAAGGUAUGGGAACUGCAAUGCCCUUGCCUCUCUGAAAUGGUGCAGCCUUAAUGGGUGAUCAUUGAUAGGUUCUUUCAAUAACCACUCAACCUUUUUCAAACCCCCUCCCCCCCCAAAAAAAACCACCUCCAUCACAAGAGGUCUCUGUGGUAACUUUGUAAACAAAUAAACAAUCACUUGUGCUUUG